AUGUUCCAUAAAGUCAACGGCAGCGGACAUGGCGGCACCGAGCUGAUUCAGUCUCCGUUGUCCGACCUUAAAAGUAUCCAGGUCUGGCCGGAGGACUCGGAAGUGUGCAAUGUGCACGCUGUGAAGAUCAAUCAAUCAUCGCUUCGAGUACUAUAUGAGUACUUUGAGUUUGUGUUAGCAUAUGGUCCAACACAGCCGGUCACGCUCGCUCUUUACAUUAACUUUGUGGAACCCAGCGACACAUAUGCUCCGAUAGUCAAUAUGAAUUGUCUAGAAACAUCCAACUCGCUCGUGCGAACCUUCACACCACAGAUUCAGGUUUUGAACACAAACAGAGGAAAUUUUCCUGGAAUUGGCAUCGGUGGCAGGGGAUAUAGCACAGCACAAAUGAUACGGCGCAGGAGCGCUGUCUGGGUUAGAUUGAUCAAUCAAUCGCCAGAGAUGGGGGACCUGGCCCUCUACUGCAAGUCGUGCCUUACCUUUCAGCUUCGUCUGGUGGUUCGUGGAGGAAAUCUCUCGUCAUGGAUGUUAAACCUUGUGCCAUUGUCGCCAUUAGUCAUCGAUAGCAGGAGUAUCCUGGCGAGUGCUGAAUCAAAGAAACAUGUACGUUUCUUCACGGAUUAUUCUGUUCUGCGACUUCAGUCCUAG